CAACAUCAGUGAACGUGUUUACACGAUUCGGGAAGGGGACACGCUGGUCCUGCAGUGUCUGGUCACAGGACACCCCCGGCCACAGGAGCCUACCCAAAACAUCUAGUGGUAUUCAGUAUGUGAAGUUUCUCUCAAAAUAGAAGAGCCCAUUGUACAAUCUACCCUCAAACCUUUGACCUCACUUUCUACAAAAACCUGAACAGACUAGAGAAGAUUUGACCCAAAUGCUGACCACAGAAGUGAGAUGGACCAAAACAGCUGGCAGCGCAUCGGACAAAUUCCAAGAGACGUCAGUGCUUAACGAGACCCUUCGGAUUGAGAAGAUCCAAAGGCUGCAGGGGGGCCGCUAUUACUGUAAAGCAGAAAAUGGGGUUGGGGUCCCUGCCAUCAAGUCCAUUCGAGUAGAUGUGCAGUAUCUAGAUGAACCUGUCCUCACUGUUCAUCAGACCAUCAGUGAUGUACGUGGCAGCUUCUACCAGGAGAAGACUGUUUUCCUCCGUUGCACCGUCAACUCCAACCCACCAGCUCGCUUCAUAUGGAAACGGGGAGCUGAAACACUUUCCCACAGUCAGGACAAUGGUGUGGACAUCUAUGAACCCCUCUAUACACAGGGUGAAACCAAAGUCCUGAAGCUGAAGAACCUGCGGCCCCAGGAUUACGCCAGCUACACAUGCCAGGUGUCUGUCCGCAAUGUCUGCAGCAUCCCUGACAAAUCGAUCACCUUCCAGCUCACAAACACCACAGCCCCACCUGCUCUGAAACUGUCAGUCAAUGAAACAUUGGUGGUCAACCCUGGUGACAACAUCACUAUGCAGUGCUCUCUGACAGGCGGUGACCCACAGCCUGAGGUGCUUUGGUCUCAUUCUCCCGGCCUGCUGCCUCCCAACAGCCUCGUGCAAGGAGGCAACCUCACCAUCUGGAGGAUCCGCGUGGAGGACUCAGGAUACUACAACUGCACAGCCAUAAACAAUGUGGGGAACCCAGCAAAGAAGACAGUGAACCUACUGGUGCGGUCCAUGAAGAAUGCCACGUUCCAAAUCACCCCUGAUGUGAUCAAAGAGAGUGAGACCAUCCAGUUAGGGCAGGACUUGAAACUCUCAUGCCACGUGGAUGCUGUCCCCCAGGAGAAAGUUGUCUACUCCUGGUACAAGAAUGGGAAACCAGCCAGGUUCUCAGACCGGUUACUCAUCACCAGGAAUGACCCUGAGCUCCCACCUGUGACCUGCAGCUUGGAGAUUAUCGACCUGAGAUUCAGUGACUACGGCACCUACCUGUGUGUGGCCACCUUCCAGGGAGCACCCAUUCCUGACCUCAGUGUGGAGGUGAACAUCUCCUCAGAGACAGUGCCGCCAACCAUCAGUGUCCCCAAGGGUCAGUCUACCAUCACCGUCCGGGAGGGCUCCAGGGCUGAGCUGCAGUGUGAGGUUCGAGGGAAGCCUAAGCCACCCAUCAUCUGGUCCCGAGUAGAUAAGGAAACCCCCAUGCCUUCAGGGACAAUGGCGGUGGAGACGUAUGAUGGGAAGCUGCACCUGGAGAGCGUCAGCCGAGAAAUGAGCGGGACCUAUAAGUGCCAGACAGCCAGGUACAAUGGCUUUAACAUCAGACCACGGGAAGCCCUGGUGCAGCUCAACGUGCAGUUUCCACCGGUGGUGGAGCCAGCCUUCCAGGAUGUGCGGCAGGGCAUGGGGCGCAGCGUCACCCUGCGCUGCACCAUGCUGAAGGGCAGCCCCAUGAAGGUGGCCACCUCUGUCUGGCGCUUCAAUGGCACCCUGCUGGCGCAGCCCCCUGCAGAACAGCAGGACUACUCGGAGCUAAAAGUGGACAGCGUGAGCCGGGAGACCAGCGGCAGCUAUGAGUGCAGCAUCUCCAAUGAUGUGGGGGUCUCCGCCUGCCUCUUCCAGGUGUCUGCAAAAGCUUACAGCCCUGAGUUUUACUAUGACACUCCAAACCCCACCCUGAGCCAGAAGCAAUCCAAGAAUUACUCUUACAUCUUGCAGUGGACACAGAAGGAACCUGAUGCUGUGGAUCCUAUCCUCAAGUAUCGCCUGGAAGUCAGGCAGGAUUUUCAUGACACUGUGGAUUCUCUUUUCAUGCAGCUGGCUCAACGAAACAUCAUCCAAACCUUCAUUCCUGUGCAGAAAAUGGAGAAGGGCCUGUUGCUGGAGCACAUCCUGCCCAACCUGAAGGUGCCUCAGAGCUACGAAGUUCGCUUGACACCUAUCACCAGCUUUGGGGCUGGCGAUAUGGCUGCUCGCAUCAUCCGGUACAUGGAACCAAUCAACUAUCCCAGCCCAACAGAUAACACCUGUCGCUUUGAGGAUGAGAAGAUCUGCGGCUUCGUGCAAGACAAGAUGGACAACUUUGACUGGACACGGCAGAACGCCCUGACCCAGAACCCCAAGCGUACUGUCAACACUGGGCCACCCACGGACAUCAGCGGUACGCCAGAGGGUUAUUACAUGUUCAUCGAGGCCUCUCGGCCCCGGGUGACAGGAGACAAAGCCCGGCUGAUCAGCCCACUAUACAACAUCACGGCCAAGUACUACUGUGUCUCCUUCUACUACCACAUGUACGGCAAGCACAUCGGCUCCUUGAAUCUGCUGGUUCGCGUGCGGAACAAGCGGGCCAUCGACACCCAGGUGUGGUCACUGAGUGGGAACAGGGGGAACAUGUGGCAGCAAGCACAUGUGCCCAUCAACCCGCCUGGGCCCUUCCAGAUCAUCUUCGAAGGCGUCCGGGGCACGAGCUAUGAGGGAGAUAUUGCCAUUGAUGAUGUCACUCUGAAAAAGGGGGACUGUCCAAGGAAGCCAAUUGGACCGAAUAAGGCGGUUGCUCUUCCAGGAAGUGGGGUUCCAGCCCAGCAUGGCCCUUGUCUUUGUGGCCCAUUGACUUUCUUCCUUUACGUGCUGCUCAGAUGAUGGCAAGUGAGCGCUCCUGUCUUCGGACCGAGACAUUCCUGCUCCUUUCCUACUCAGCCACCUCUGCUCCUCUUCUUCCCCUCCUCACUGGCACACCAAAGUGUCCAUAUGUUACCAAAGACUGACAGGCAUGACCACGCAAAGGGAUCUGGUUCAGAACUGGAGCACUCCUUGAGAAAGUCAUAAUGUCUAAGACAAAAUUAAAAAAUAAAGACAAUGUUUUUUAAAAAGCACGUGCACAAGAGAGUGAGAGAGAGAGGAAGGAAGGAAAGAAACAGAAGCGCAGGAAAGAAGGAAUUAAAGAAAAGAAAAAAAAAGAAGGAAGAAAUGUGAAAAGCAAAUGAAGGAGGAAAAAUCUACCCCUAUAUUUCCUUGGGAAUGUCGGACAGGGCUUCCUCAGGGAAGUGGGAACUUGUUUUAAACAAACAAAGAAAAACAUAUUAAAGCACAAAUUUCUACCAGAACAGUUACCUUCUUUACCACAGAGCCUGCAGCUUAGUGGACAGUAUUUCACAGCCUUCUCCUCAGCCCGCCAUGCUCUCCCACUGGCUGGGGUGGCCCUGCAGUGAUGCAGCAGCUGCCCCACAGGCCAGUAGCUGGAGCACCCUGCCUCGUCCGCAUGUGCUUCAGUGUCUCCAUCCAUCCACCCUCCAGGCUCUCAUGUAUUUAACUGCCCCCUGUGCAGUUUGCUUUGGCCUGCGCUGCUGUCCUCUCCCCACCUUUUAGUGCUUCUCACCCACCAGACUGAAGAAGACGGAACCAGGAAUGGACCCAUCCCUUGGAUUCCACUGAAUGGUGGAGGAGUCCCAACUGGAUUCAGCUGCAGUGCAGGCCCCCACAUACCUCUUUCUCUCUUUCAGCAAUUCUUGCUGGGUGGAGAAACUAUGAGAGCAGAUCUGAGCUGCAGGCAGAAAGGUCUCCCAGUGGGUUGGGGUGGGAAGGGGGGAGCAAUUACACGUUGGCUUCUUGCUAUUUUUGUUGGGAUGAGAGCUGUCUCAGCCCUAAACCUAGCAUUGCUUCUCUGUCUCUCUUGCAUUAUUUAUUUAUUCUAAUAUUUAACUCCAUUGUUUAAUUUCCCUCAGCUCGAGCUUUUUGAAUGAUGGAAAGAGUCAGGCAUGUCAGCCUGAUAUUGCCACCUCACUUCUCAGGCCUUUAGCUGCAGAGAGGGGGAAAUGUGGCACAGCACCACUGCUCAAGGGAGAAGUGGCUGAAUUCCAUCAGUACGUGCAGCCUUGCAGACCCCAGGAGAAGGGUCUGCCUGCACUGGCCAAGCAGGAGCCAUGAUAUCUUUGCUGCAAAUGGAAGCAGCAAUGGGCAUGACUUACCUCCCAGCACAGGGCAGAGUUAGCCCCACAUUACGGUGCACGGGGGGUUACUUUCUCCACUAGCCUCCUAGCUGAGUGGGACUCCUCCCCCUAGGGACUCCCCUCCCCAUCUGAGCUCUGUAUCUGGAGCACCACAGGUGUGCAGUGAGCACAUAACAUAAUGAAUAUAUCAGCUUCACUGAGACAACUGUGUUUGUCCAAAAUACCUGAAUGUAUUAGCUGUCUCUUGCUUCUGAAAACAGCUGAUGCCUUCUUUCUCCAGUGAUGGAGGAGGAAAGCUUUUAUUUAACACCCAAGAGAUCCAGUUUGAAUUCCUGAACUCCAGCUCUCUUUGCUCCUUGGUGGGAGUUCUGCAUUAAAACUCCCAGCCAGCAUCAGAGAGAGACAUCAGCUCUGAGGGACAAGGGGCCUCCUCCGUACAGAUCCUUACAAGACAAGAGAAAGGGGAUGAAGAAGCUCUCCCUUGUUUCUGUGGCUUUUCUCUGCUUUCCAGAAAGAGCCCUAUCAGUCUUCUGUCUCUGCAAGGUCUUUCUUCCUCUUCAGAGUGUGGACCUUGAUCACGCUGCCUAUUUGACAGCUGUUUCACUGGGCCAGGCAGUGCUGUGGGAUGUUGUGGGAGCUUGGAGCAAUUCUGCUUCUUGCUGUCUGUUGCCAUUUUGACAGACAGGCAGUGCCCUCGGCAUGUUUGAACUACGCUCUUUCAGUCCAAUGGUCCGCUCUUCUUUUUGCCUGUGUUUGUUGGAGGAUAGCAGUCAUCACCCUCAUAAGAAUCUGCUUUCAGUCCUAGCAGAGAGGUGAUGCUUUCCAGGAACCCUUGGGCGCUACCUGGUGUCUCCUGACCUGUUAGCAGUCUUAUCUUGCUGACUCCAGGGGCCUUCCACUGGGCAGAGUAGGAAAUGGGAGCAUUUUCCUAUCAGGAAGACAUAGCCCAGGGCAGUCAUCUCACCUUCUUCUGGGCUUUGAGGCAGGGAUCCUCAUGGCCUUGCUUUCCACAGGCUGCUCAGGUCCGUGGGAGGAGGUUGCACAAAUGCAUUUUGCUGAUGCUCAGUGGGCAGCAGGGCUGCUGAGGGGUUGGGGAGGUGGAGCCCGAGAGUCCAGACCCACGGACAGAGCAACAUCUACAUGGUAAGUGUCCGUGCCCUGCUGCCAGCCCUGAGCCCACCAGGAGGAAUGUAAGUGCCUCACAAGCCGACCCAGGGCUCAGGAAGCCCAUCCGCAGCCAUGGGCUCAGGGCAGAGCAAGCAGUCAGCAGUGAGGCUUUCUCCUCCUUGCUGUCAGGCACCCACGUGCCACUUUGUAGGACCUGCAAUUCUGGUAAAAGUCUCAGGGAGCCCCUUCCAGCCUAGAGCUCUGCUCCUUUAUCUCUGGCUUGAACACGGCUGGCGGUGAGUCUGGUGGAAAGCCCUUAACACAAGUGCCUCAGCUCGUCAGAAGCACCAAGGGUCUCAUUCCCCUGACAGGUGUGCAGGGGGAGCAUGGCAGAGGGAAGAGGCACUUCAGCAGUGAGGAGCUGUGCAGUGAUGGAAGCUGCUGUUUGUGUGUGUGUGUGUGUGUGUG